AUGUCGUUCACCGGAACGCUUGAUAAGUGCAAGGCUUGUGAUAAGACUGUUUAUGUUGUUGAUAUGUUGUCUCUUGAAGGAGUGCCUUACCAUAAAUCCUGCUUCAAAUGCAGCCAUUGCAAAGGAACUCUUGUGAUGAGCAAUUACUCAUCCAUGGACGGAGUUCUCUUCUGCAAGACUCAUUUUGAGCAACUUUUCAAGGAAUCUGGAAACUUCAGCAAGAAUUUUCAGACGGGCAAAUCUGAGAGGCAAAAUGAUCAGCUGAAUAGAGCUCCAAGCAAACUCUCUUCCUUGUUCUGUGGAACCCAAGACAAGUGUUCCGUUUGCCAGAAAACAGUCUACCCGCUCGAAAAGGUUAGCAUGGAAGGAGAGUGUUACCACAAGACAUGCUUUAGGUGUGCACAUGGAGGGUGUCCUCUCACACACUCAUCAUAUGCUGCUCUUGAUGGAGUUCUGUACUGCAAGCACCAUUUUGCACAGCUAUUCAUGGAGAAAGGAAGCUACACUCAUGUCCUGGAAGCCGCUAACCACAAGAGAACUGCUUCCUCCUCAACACCACCUCCUGAACCAGCUGAUGACUCUAACAACCAUGAGGAUCCUGCAGAUGCUUCUAAAGAGACCGCAAAAGAGGAAUCUUAAAUUAUAUGAAGAAGCAAAAGAAAGAAAGAAAGAAAAAGAACACACCAUUUUGUUUGAUUGAUUGAU